AUGUCUAAUUCCACCCAAAUCCCCAGCGCUCCCGCCCGGCAGAUUGGCAUCAUUUACGACGGCUAUUUCGUCCCUCGGGAGGUUCUGCACGUCUCUCAGAUCUGCGUGGUCCACAUUCUGCAGCUUAGCCUGAGUGUGUUCGGAAUGUGCACCAACAUAGUGAACAUUUUGGUUUUCGCGAAAAUGUCUUUCAGUAACAGCGUCAUCAUAUCUUACUUAGUCCUCUCACUAUCUGACUUCGCCUUUGUCGCUGGAAGUCUGCUCCAGAUCAUCAUUCUAACGUUGGUCAGGGUAGGUGUCAAAUCCUACGUUCCUAUCCACCACCUGAUUUGUCUCGUGCAAUGGGGACCGAGAAUGUUCUACGACGUGUCCGGCUUAGUUACUGUAUUUAUAGCUUUGCAAAAAUGUUACUGUGUUGCCAGACCGCUCAGAUUUAAAACUGUCUUCACUGACGUUAGAACAUUUGUUAUUUUACUGGUGAUAUGCUCCACCACCGCUAUCUCUUACGUCCCGUUGUACGCGUCCCAAGGUCUCCGCUGGAAGCACGUAGGGCCGUACCGCAAUCAGAGUAAACUGGAUAUCUGGUUUUCCGAGGACUGGCAGACGGUGUUCCGCAUUAAUGACAUGGGCAAUAGGAACGUGCUCCCCACCAUCUCUCAGAUCAUCGUUCUCCUCUGUCUACUCGUCCUCGUCCACCGACUGCGCGCCGCGUCAAGAUUCCGCCAACAAACGUCCACAAUGGAGAAACAGCAGGACAACCCAGAGGCAAUGUCCAGUCGAGACGUACAGGCGGUGAAGGCUGUCAGUUUGGUAGCAGCCAUUUUUGUCAUUUGUAAUUUCCCCUUGGUGGUAACCACCUACGCUACUUUGGUUGAGCCGGAAUUUAACAAUUAUCGCAAGUAUCAUAACUUGUACGUUCUAAUCUACGACCUUAGGUAUACGUUCUUAUUGCUCAGUGCGUCCGGCAACAUGCUGGUCUACUACAAGUACAAUACCAACUAUAGGGAAAGGCUGUAUCAGGUUCUGCCUUGUAAGAGAGGUACAAAGGAGUAG